AUGACCAGAGUCUUAGCUGGCCCAUACUGCACGCAGAUGUUGGGCGAUUUAGGUGCAGAAGUGAUCAAAGUGGAGCAUCCAACAAGAGGUGAUGAUACCCGAGCAUGGGGCCCUCCCUACGCUUCAUACACAGAGCAAAGCGGCAAGGAAGGUCAUGGCGAAAGUGCCUAUUUCUUAUCCGUGAAUCGAAACAAGAAAUCAAUAGGGUUGAGUUUUCAGAGUCCAGCUGGUGUUGAAAUCCUCCACAAGCUCGCGAAAGACUGCGAUGUCUUGGUUGAAAACUACCUCCCGGGAGCUUUGAAGAAGUACAAGAUGGACUACGAGAGCAUCUCCAAAAUCAACCCCAAGCUGGUCUACGCUAGCAUCACUGGAUAUGGACAGACGGGACCCAACAGCAGCCGUGCUGGAUACGACGUCAUGGUCGAAGCGGAAAUGGGUUUAAUGCACAUCACUGGUCACCGGGAUGGUCCUCCUGCCAAGGUCGGCGUCGCCGUGACAGAUCUCACCACAGGACUGUAUACGAGUAACUCGGUCAUGGCGGCCCUUCUCGCUCGCGCCAAGACUGGCAAAGGGCAGCAUCUGGACGUAGCUCUCGCAGACUGUCAGAUUGCCACCCUUGCCAACAUUGCCAGUUCUUGCUUGAUCAGCGGCAAGCCAGAUUCCGGCCGAUGGGGAACUGCUCACCCUUCUAUUGUGCCUUAUAAGGGGUUCGCCACCAAGGAUAGUAAUAUCCUGCUAGGUGGAGGCAAUGAUCGACUUUUUGGGAUUCUUUGUCAGAGAAUCGGGAAGCCUGAAUGGGCUGAGGAUGCAAAGUACAAGACGAAUGCCGACCGUGUGAAGCGGAGGGAUGAAUUGGAGAAGCUCAUUGAGGAUAUCACCGUCACCAAGACCACGCAAGAAUGGAUCGAUAUUCUUGAAGGUAGUGGUAUGCCCUACGCUCCAAUCAACGAUGUUAAGACAACCUUGGAGGAUGAGCACGUCCGAGCUCGUGGCAUGGUGACUGAAGUUGAACAUGAGUCUUGCGGACCUAUUAAACUUGUCAGUCCCCCUGUUAAGUUUUCGCUUUCGAACCCUACUAUACGGAGUCCACCACCUACUUUGGGACAGCACACGAGUGAGAUUCUGACACGGCUACUGGGUUUGAAGGGUGAUGAAGUCGAGGCGCUCAAGAAAGACGGCGUGGUGUCUUGA